GUGCAUGUUAUUUGUCUAACAACAAAAAUAUCUUUUUCUCAAGUUAAGGAUAUUUUUUUUAUUAUUGUGACCAAGGUGUAGCAUGGCAUUACUGUGAAUGUGUAUUGGAACACAUACUUAACACUACAUAUAAAUAAAAACUGAGAAAUAUCAGCAACUGGAAAAACUAUAGUUAAAAUAGAAACACAGUAUGGCACAAUUGUUCCUUACAUUAUGUUUUCUCUCCAACAUAAUAGAUACAAAAUAACAUGCGCUUUUCUAGUGUUCUAGUUUGUGUUAUUUCCUUUUAUUUUCAGAGAAUAACAAAUAUUUUAGGACCAGAUAUCCAUUUAAAGAAUAUUGGGAAAACACACUUUGUCCAGUUUGACUCUGAAGGAGUGUUUGGUUGGAUUCCCACACAAAAAGAUGUCAUCAAUCAGUUUCUGUCAGAAGUCCUAAAAACAAGACCCAGAAAUAGAAGAGACACAGCAGAUCUGGCUGUCUUACCUCGAAUCCCCAACCCCAUUGCCUGUCUUUCCUCUGGUGACAUGCUCAUUUUUCAUCUCACCAUCAACCACACAGACCGCCAUCUCAGCCACUUUCCAGUUUAUCAAAAAGACCACCUGUUUAACAGCAACCCCAGCUGGGACUUUGGUGCCUUUAGGCAUCUACAGAUACUCAUGAAGCAAACAAACUUUAACUCCUCAAGGUUUGCCCAUGUUUUUUCUGAAACGGGGAAGUACGUGUUUGUUGACAGUGUUGUCCCACAGUGGAGUCUGGUAGUGGUAGUCAGUGAGGAGGGGACAGAGUGUGGCCCCAGGGCUGCUGUGUUUCAACCCAUGACCCCAGCACAAUUGGUCAAGCACGGGAUUGUCAAGAAACACAAACUAAACCUUCUGCCCGACUGGGGAUUGAUUGCUGGUGGGUAUUUGUAUUGCUGACUAACUGUUUACAGGGGUAUUAUUGUAAUGAAUUAGCUUUCACCAUGACACAAUGCUGACUGUGUGCAGGGAUCCUUAGUAUGCUCUUGGUUGUGGUCGUAAUUCUGACCACUACAGUACUAGUUUUGCGACCUAGCAAAGCAAAGCUUGUCUCCCAGUGGAGGAUAAAGCCAAAGUGGCGCAGCCUCGGGGAGCCUUUCUGUCCGGUGGAGUGUGCAUGCAGCAGAGAAAGCUUAGUGGUCCCAAACCAAGGUGAUUUCCUUGGUAGUAGAGGUGUUGGAGAAGGAGCAGAAGCUGAGGAGCCUGCUAUUUCAAAAGGAGGAGGAGUGCCAGGGUGCUGUGAUUUGGAGGAGUUUAAUGUGAAGACUCUUUACGACAAGCUGGAGGAUCAGAACCUCCAUAUAGCCUCACAGCUGGCCCGGCACCGCAAAGACAUACAGGAGUUUUAUAGAAACAUCUGUCAACACACUGAAUCAUUCAAGAAUGCCUUGGAGAAUAUGGAUCAUAAAAAAAUGAGCCUCCUUAAAGAGAUAUUAGUUCAUAAAACAAUGAAGGAUGAACCAUCAGGCAGCAGUGUGGGGGAGAGACAUACACAAGUUGAGGCCUGCAUGUCAUUGCUGGGAGCUCUGGUCAGGUCAGUGGAAACUCUCUUAUGCAGGCUGACAGGAGACGCUUGGCAGAACCAGGAUUUGUCUGGUCCCCUGUACUGUCACACAGGUCAUCACGAUACCAGAGAGUGUGAGGCGCAAGCUGGAUACAUGCAACCCAAUGACACUAACAUGUGUUUGAUGCAGUUUUCAUCAGUGAAUGUGACCAAAGCAGGAGCUCUUCCACACGAGCCCGACCAUAUACAGAGCACGGCUCCUUCUUUAAGUGAUCAUGACCUGUCCAAGCUUAUCAUGAUAUCACCUCUAUUCAAGACCCUGCAGGAGAUCCAGCAAUCUUUACAAAAUCUCACCAUGGAUGAGUCAAAACAAUAUUUUAGCAAUGGAGUUGCAGAUAAUUCUGCAAAGGGGAAUUAUGAUGGGCAGCUCAUCCCGACUGCACUGGACAACCUCUCCCCACAGGACUCUGCCAUUUUUUUGUUUGGUUGUCAGGUGAUGCAAUUGCUUGAAAACUGCCCCAUGUUCCCCAGUGCUCUUCUCCUGCUGGCCAAGUCGAUUCCAUUCGCUCCAUCUUCCUCUAAUGGGGGUCUACUGUCACACUGCUCCAGGGACUUUUAUUUUGAUGCGACCAAUCAAAUCCUGUAUCUGUCAGAGGCAAAGCUUCAGCACGUGGGACAUUUCAUCUCUGUCAUCCUGCAGUCAAUGGCCCACAUAGCAUCUGGAUCCAAAGCCCAGAGCUUUAUGCAAGCACUCCAUGAGGCCAUUUCAGCUCUAAGCCUUCAGUUGUUCAAUGUUUCUUUCAAAUGGAGCACAGCAGAGUCCAAUUUCGAUGCUUUGAAGGGGCGGAAUAACACAUUAGUUGAGGAAUUUCUCAACAUUAGAGUUCCCACUGAAGCCCGCUUCACUGAGCACCUAUUAGCUAGCAGACUCAAGAAAUACAAAUAUUUCCAGCUGGAGCAGCUCAUUUCUGAACUCAAACAUACUCCAGCUCAGACCACAGACAAAGGUUUACCACCAAAGGGGACACCAGUGCAGAUGUCAUGUAUAGAGGAAGAAAUUGAUCGCAUGAAUGAGUCGUUCUUGCUGCUGAGCACGCAACUACAGAAGAGAGCUGAUGUGAGCACAUGGCUAAAGGAAAGAGAGAACAGCGCUGGAAACCAUUCUGCAAGGGCAACUCCAACAGACAUGCCAAGCCUGAGUCGUAAUGGAACAAUCCUGCUGGAACUGAAGAGACGCUAUGUAUUACAGCGCCUCAAUGAGCUCCAAAUCACAUUAGGCCAGAUCACACGAUGCCAGCAGCAUGACAGCAAGUCGAAAGAUGGGACAAGAGGCUGCACACAAACAGACAGCAGCACUACACAGCAGGGAGAAAGUGAGAAUUAUGGUAGUACAGAUGGUUUGAGCCCCAACGAUGGCCAGCGGUGGGACAGUAUUUCAGCUAGCCACAGUCACAGCCAACAAGCCGAAGAGAGCAGAGGUCUUGAUAGCUAUAAACUGGAGAGUCAUAUUUCUGACCAGAAGAGUAACACUGUCCAAAGCAACAACCCUGACACAUUAUUGGGCUGCCAGACGCCAGGCACUCAAGAUCUUAAUGUUCCAGGAGAGCAAGAGCUAAAAAGGCAGCCUGCAAUAGAAAAUACAACAAGCUAAACAGAUACUGAUGACAUUUGAGUGCACAACAAUCUGAAUGUGGACAAAUGAUCAAGGUUUUUUCCUUUUUUGUGCUCCUUCAUGUUAGACCUUGAGUGGCUAUUUCUGUACAAUAUUGUUGCUUUAUUCGAGUAACGAUACAAGUGACCUCUGUCUUCAUUUUGGUGCACUUCGUAAAAACAAUUCAUCGUAGUUCCUUUCAAUUAUGUGUGGAUCCAGACAAAAGUAAUUUGCAGCUGCAAGGAGUGGCAUGACACAGUCUGUCAGCUUGUCCAAAGAAUUUCUUAGUCAGGAGUUAAUACUGGUCUCUAAGACAGAUUGUGCUCAUUAUCAUAUUCUAGUUAAGACAAUAAAGCUCAGCUGAUUUAACACAAGGUGACACCGGUGCUUCUGUUCUACUUCCUGAUCUCAGCAGCUUCUCCGCCGUGUCGAGGUGACAACCCGCGUGUUUUUCAUGAAUAUGUAAUAUUAAACUACAAUAACUCUUCUCUCUCUUGCACACUUACAGGUUCUGAACUUUAUGCCCUGAGCUGUCGUUCUAGUGAGAUUUCUCUGUAACCAGCAGAUUAACCGAGUGGAACUAAACGUAGCUGCACAAUUCGAAAGGCACCGAUUUGAUUUUGCUCCAAAAAGAGAAGUCUAUGUUGCACAACUGCUGUCUUCUUCUGGUUCAAUGAUUUAUUUGACGCAUAGCGUUCUGGGUCUUAUAAUAGAAAGUCAGUAUUCCUACAGGGGGCUGUGAGCCAAAUCAGAAGGUCAGAUGGAACAAGUCUUCACUUACUAUCAGUGUUAGCUUAGAGGUCUGUGCCAAGUCCCCCUGGUUGAAUCUGGCAUUGCCCUGUGGCUCUGUGUAUGUGUGUGUACACAUGUGAGGUGUAGUUCAGUGACUCAAUGACAUUUCAUGCCUUAUCAAUUAGAUUGGCUCUGGUGCCACUGAUUUUGCAUUUGUGUCCAGAGUACCUCGCAGUGGGACAUGGCAACAUAAAACAACUUACUGGGCAGCUCUGAGUGUGUAAAUCUUUGUGGUUAUUUACUACAUUAGGCUUGCUCUAGUUGGUUAGAUGAAAACAUGGGUUAUUUUUAGGAUGAAUGGCUUUGUGUGAUGAUUGUGUAAGUAUCUGUGUGCCCAUAUGCAUAGAGUAAUGUGUCUGAUCUCAAAAUUGUUAUUUUAUCCCAUCUUCCCACAGCGAUUUGGUAAAAAACUACCAAAAUGCACACAAAUUUAUGCAACUUGGAUUUUUUUCCUUUUAGUUUUGUAUUUUUCUAGAAAAUCAAAUACAUUCUGAACAACCAGUACAGUCACAGGAACAACAAGGAUCAUACA